AUGCUUCUCAACAACCUAUCCAUCGCCUUCUUGGUCCCUCUGGCUCUUGCCGCCACUCCCCUCGGUGGCGGAAGAUGGAAGAAAGUCGAACCUUCCCUCAACCCGCAGCACUGCGCAGGAGGACAAAUCAAAGGUGACUCCUUUCAUCUUCCACCAAAGGCCAACGGCCAAAAGGUCGGUUCCGGAUGCGGCAACGGGCAUCUCCGCGCCGAAUACAGCUCCGAAGAUCACUAUAACUCGGACGUUCACCAGUUUACUGGCAAAUUCUCCAUUAACUCGUUCAAAGGGGAUCGAAUCUCUCUGAAGCAAACACUCGGAAACAAGGGCGCAUGGUUCAUGCUGGCUGCGGAUAAAUCUGGAAGUUUGUACGGUGUGGGAGGCAGAGGGAUGAUUGCUCAGGGAGUUGCCAAAGUUGGUGCAACGGUCACUGUCAACACCAUUCAUGAUGCCGAUACUGGUUUAUACAAGGUCUACAUCAAUGGGCAAGAGAAAUACUCCACUACUUCACCACAAGACGUAUGGAGCCUACGCUACUUCAAGCGGCUCAGGGCCUAUUACCGUUACUUGGAAUGA